CCAUCCUUACACUAGUCCACCAUGCCUCCUGCCUUGACACAGACACCAUCACCACAUCUCUAAUCCUCAAAGACUCCGACACCCUCCACUCCGCCGCCCCAACGCCACCACCCGCCGCCGCUACCUCGGCAUAUGGUACUACCUCCAUCACCUGGAUCGCCAACCGCCACACCCCACUCAACGAUUCCCUCUCCAUCUCCCCAGCCGCCUCACCACCGCCUCCGGCCUCCUCAUCUGGUCCUCCUACGCCGCGCCCUCGCGCGUUAACGUCACGGCUCAGCUCGUGUUGAGAGACUCCGCCACCGGAAUCAUCUCAUGGGAGAGCCACAAAACGCCCGUGGAUACCUUCCUACCCACAACCCCAAAACGGGGAAACGGGUCGACUUGAAUUCGACACCUCGGGCCUAUACGCCGUCGGCAUUCCUCAGAUUUUCAUAUGGAAUGUGGCGAAGCGGGCCCUGGAACGGGAGGAUUCUGACGGGAGGAAGAUGGGACUUACUAUUUCAGUAGAAACUUCAGACAGAGCUUUGUAUCGAGGAUGGGGUUCUGGUGGAGGCGGCCUGGGAUGAUCGGAAGCGUGAUUGGGAAGUGAAGUGGACCGGGCCGGGCCAGGAAUGUGACUUGCACAACAGGUGCGGCCCGUCUGCGAUCUGCUACGAUCAUAGCACGCCAAUUUGUGCUUGUUUGAAAGGUUAUGAGCCGAGAAAUGGAGUGGAAUGGGGCAAGGGGAUUUGGUGUGGUGGUUGUGUGAGGAAGAGUGUGUUGCAGUGUGAGAGAGAGAAUAAUGUGACUGAUAAGGAUAGAGGGGAUGGAUUUAUGAAGGUGGGAUUUGUCAAAGUGCCGGAUUUUAUGCAGUGGAUGUCAGGUUUGGAAACUGAGUGUGAGAGCUUGUGCUUGACGAAUUGCUCAUGCUUGGCCUAUGCGUAUGAUCCUGGCAUUGGUUGUAUGUUUUGGAGUGGAGACUUGAUCGAUCUUCAGAUGUUUCCUGGCAAUGCUGGCUCUGAUUUCUAUUAUCGUGUUGCCUAUACCGAUGCUGUUACUGACAAGGAGAAGAGCAAUGGACGAGUAGUCAUUAUAGUUUCAGUUGUUGCAAGCUUUGUGGUUGCAUCAAUUUGCCCAGCUUUCACUUGGUGGACUUGCAAACGAAAAGGUUGGAUUUAG